AUGGCUGAGCACGACCCACAUCUAGCAACAGACGACCGCGAAGACUACAACUCCGCCUCCGACGAAGACUUCAGUCCCACCGCCGAAGCCCCUUCAGACGCCGAGUCCGCAUCCUCCACCGAAGAUGAAGCAUCCACAACCAAAGCGCGCGGCACCAAGCGCAAGCGGAAGACCGUCACUAUCGACGCUGGGCUCGACUCCGGCGAUGAAGAAGCCGUCAAGGAAUAUCGUGCGCACAAGGAGGAUGACUCGGGAGGCGAAGGCGGGUUGAUCAAGACGAGGGCGCAGAGACGGGCGGAGGUACAGGAGAAGAAACAGCUCGCGACUGUUGGUGGUGCGACUGUGGAUGUUGAUGCGCUAUGGGCGCAGAUGCUUGCUGCGCCUGUAGGGCGGCCGCCGGAGUCGAGGGUUGAUGCAGAGAAGGAGGUCGGCAAAGAAGAACGCCCUAAGACGGGAUCGUCUGUCCCCGCCACAUCGAGUGCAGAUGUUGAUCCACGCGAAGAGGAAACGAUCACAAUAACUCGCACCUACACCUUCGCCGGCGAGACCCACACGGAAGAGAAGCGCGUGCCCAAGUCAUCGGAAGAAGCGAGGUUAUAUCUAGCAUCACAAAAAGGCACAAACGCCCCAAGCGACGUCGACAAACCAGCCGACGCAUCAGCCAACCCCCUCCUCCGUCGGCCCCUCCGGCGCCCCUCCCGCUUCGAUCCCAACCCCUCCGGCGAGAUCAAAGGCCUCCCCGCUUCCGCGCAGCUCACCUGGCGUCAACGGAACCAAGGCCUUCAACCGGCCGGCAACAGCAAGGGCACCGUCUUUGCGAUGCCGACCGCUCCCGCGAAGACGAAGCUAGCAAAGGCACCGGAGAAGCUCAACACGGUCGACAAGUCGCGCAUGGACUGGGUGCAGCAUGUUGAUCAGGAGGGCCUUGCGGACGAGCUGGACGUGUAUGGGAAGAGCAAGGAGGCGUAUGGGGCGAGGCAGAGUUUCUUGAGCCAGGUGGAGCUGAGGAGGGAGGAGGAGGCGAGGGGGUUGAGGAUGAAGGGGUAG